UCGAGCAGAAGCCAUGGAGCCCAAAGAAGAGGAUCCAACGCUCGCCAAGCUCCAAUCAGCCUGUUCCGAUCUGAAAAAACUGCUUCACAGCUCAGCCAGCAUGGAAGCAAGUCUAGAAAAGAUGGACAAAAAUUUUGAUACAUUGCAAGAAACCCUUUCCACGGCUUCAAGAAGAGUAGGUCCUUUGCAGUCCUUGGCUAUAGCUUCCAAAGCUCUCGACACCAGAAUAAACCGGGCGGUUUCCCCGGCUCUCGCUCUUCUCGAAAGUUUCAAACUUGCGGAGUCUCUCCAACACAAGCUGCUUCAGCUCACCUCUGAAUUAUCGUCUAAGGACGCUCCCAAGAAGCGGCUCAAGGCACUGGUUAAGUAUGUUGAUUGUGUGGAUAAACUCAAUGCGGCCAUCAAUUCUAUUAGUCUAGAGUGUGAGCCUGCGAUUCAGAAGCUUCAAGAGGUGGUGGAGUUUUUGAGUAGGACCAGGGCGACUGAUCAGUAUAGGACGCAUCGGCUGAGGGAGACUCUAAUCACUCUUAAAGCGCUGUAUGAAACAGAGGUGGAUGCGAUGAGAUUUGAUGGGUUGCUGGAUGAAGCUUUGCUCAAUUUGCAGGAUGAGUAUGAGCGUAUACUGCAGCAGCUAAGGCAUCGAAACAUAGCUGAGUUGCAAGGAGAUGCUCCGGCUGAGAUGAUGGCUUCUGAUCUGGGUACUGAGCUGGAGGUUGAGGUUCUUAGACGGAUUUCAGAAACUCUAGCUGCUAACGAUUGUUUGGAUAUAUGCAUCGAUAUCUUUGUGAAGGUGAGGUAUAGAAGGGCAGCAAAAGCCCUGAUGAGACUGAACCCUGAUUAUCUAAGAACUUAUACUCCCGAGGAAAUUGACAACAUGGAAUGGGAGAGCUUGGAGACAGCAACAGCCCUUUGGAUCCAACACUUCGAGCUUGCAGUUAAAACAGUCCUGGUGUCAGAAAAGAAACUCUGCAAGCAAGUUUUGUCAGGAAUCAUGGAGGGAUUAAUCUGGACAGAAUGCUUCGUAAAGAUUGCAGACAAGAUCAUGGCAGUCUUUUUCCGGUUCGGAGAGGGUGUAGCGAGGAGCAACAAGGAACCCCAGAAGCUGUUCAAGCUCUUAGACAUGUUCGAUUCAUUGGAAAAGCUUAAAACCCAAUUCUCAGAGAUUUUCGAAGGUGAAGCUGGAGCUGACAUCUGUUUGCGAUUCCGAGAACUUACGAAGCUUCUCGUCCACUCUUCCAGCAAAGUAUUUUGGGAGUUCGGCCUUCAAAUUGAAGGCAAUCAAGACGGGUUUCCGCCACUUCAAGACGGCUCAGUUCCAAAACUCGUCCGAUACGCCAUUAAUUACCUUAAGUACCUGACCACCGAGAAUUACAGUGCUCCCAUGGCAAAGGUUCUUCGAACGGAGCAAAUAUGGAAAGCCGGCGUUUUAUCUCAACCUGAAACAGAUGAGAACUUACUCAAAGACGCCAUUUCCAGCGUAAUGGAAGCUAUUCAGAGGAACGUGGAGUCGAAAAAAUCCCGAUGCCGAGACAAAAUUCUUUCCCAUGUCUUCGCCAUGAACACGUACUGGUACAUUUACAUGAGAAGCAGAAGUUCAGAGCUGGGGAAGCUUUUAGGAGAGCAGUGGAUGAAGAAGAAGUACAAGAUCAUUGCGGAAGAAUCGGCAUACAUGUACCAGAAACAGGCUUGGGGAACUCUAGUGAAUUUGCUGGAGAAAGAAGAAUCGAACAGACAGACAAACAAAGAAUCCAUGGGAGCUGUGAUAAGAGGGAAGAUGGAAGCAUUUCUAGAGGGUCUUGAUGAAAUCUCCAAAAGACAUAGAACCUCUUAUACCAUUCCUGAUGCAGAUUUGAGAAUACAGCUGAGGGAGGCGUCCGUUAAGCUGGUAGUUACGGCUUAUACCGAAUUCUUAACCUCUUACUCCUAUUUUUUGCAGCCAAAAUCCUACCUUCCUCCCGACUCAAUCCAGGCCAUGCUGGGUCAACUUUUCAACGAUGGCCAUCGAGUCCCUAGACUUUCCAAGGAUCGGAUGGCUGGAGACAACUCGGCCGGUGAGAUCAAAGAUUUUUCACGGUCCAGAUCAAACGCCAGUGAUCAGUGA